CUGCACCGAGGCUGUCGGUGAACACCCAGGCCGACCCUGCUCGGGCGCCCAAGACCCAGACUCGGCAGCGGAGAACCUGCUGCCCACACAGGCCUCCGCUCAGCUCGCCGGCCGCAAGCGGCCCGCACACAGGGCGCCAGACUGUCAGGAAGGAAGACCCAACGGUGCCCGCUGCCCCUCCCGCCGCGGGCUCACCUGGACAGCGCGGACCAGUCCUUCCUGCCGCCGGACAUGCUGCCAGGGCCGCGAGCUCUGCGGGGCCACCUCACCUGCGCGCCCCUCCCCCGCCGCCGGCCCAGGCUGCGGGGAUCAAGCAACUUAUCGUCACACGUUGGUGACACCAGGCCAGCAGUGCGAGAGGUGACAAGGCCUUGGAGAGCUCCGGGCAGAGGCCAAGGCAGGACCGCGAGCCAUGCAGCCUUUCCAGGAAAGAGAAGGAGGGAACAGCGCAGCCCGUGUCCCCGGAGCCUCGGGUCUAGGGCCCGACACCCUCGGAGCCUGCCGUCUGUCCCACAUGGUGUCAGCGACAGCGCCUCAACCCGGGAAGAAAAACACUCCCAGUCAUUUGAAGCUUGGCCCUUCCGGGGACCCUUCAUGGAGCCAAGGGACAGUCAGUCAGGAAAACGGGUAGGUAAGCAGAGGCACCGUCAUCGCUUCAUGUCCCAGCACAGAAAACGAGCCACAGGUCAGUGUCUCCACCGGGAUGAAUGUCUCGCCCUCAACCUCGAACAAAGAAACGGGCAGAAGCAGAAGGCACGCACGCCCGUCAGACGCGAAGUAGGCCAGCACGCCUUAGGGGUUCCUAAAGCUGUGGCGACACGACGCAGACGGGCCAGGGAACGAGGCACGAAGUGUCGGCCCGCGUCCCCCUUUGUGGAGAAGGAGGGUUGGGACGGGGGUGAGGGGUCCACGGGGGCCUCCAAAAUCCGGGCAACACCCUAUUUCUUAAAACGUGAGGGUGUUCACUUUAUGAUUCUGUCAACUGUCCAAACAUCUCGCACUGGGAGCGUGUGCUGUCGCUGCCUCUGGGGAGAGGCUCGGAGAUGGCUCCUCACACGGGAAGUCCCUGGUCCAGGCCAGGGCUUUCUGAGACUUCCCAGCCGUCGGCGGGAGGGCCCACCUCUCCCCUCCCCGAGCAGAUGAGCAGACGUCAGGCUCUGGAAUUCCCCACCCGAACGGCGCUGCCACCGCUUGAUCUUGUGAAGCAAGGACAUUGAAACGCAACUGCCGCCCGCCGUCCCCCCGCCCACGCUAAAGAAUAUUUUAAUAGUAAACGGCUGAAGUUAAGGCGAGCCCACACGCAGGACACGGGAGCGCUCUUCACGGAGACCCGAGUGCAGUGGCCCCACCAUUGAAAGUUGGGUCACCGAGAGCCGAUUAGGCAUCGCCAUGCCCACAGCAGGCAGCCGCCAGCCUGCACGCUGCGUGCGUGUGCCCACGCACCACUCCCCGCUUCAGGUGGGCAGUCACCAGUGGGCACACACCCCUCCGCCGGGACUCAGGGCUCAGGACACCUGCCCUGGCUCCCAGGUGAGGCCACACUUCUCUCCCGAACCCCAAGCAAAGGGCCAGGUCACCCAGGUUUGGCGCUGGAGCCAGGUGGGUGCUGAGCCGGGGCUAGAGGCGGCCCACCUGCUCGGCUGCCCAGGCCUCUGCCCACACCCAGCACCCCCAGUGGACUAAGAAUCCAGGGACCUGCAUUUUUGCCCCAGUUAGCGUUGUGACCUUAAGCAAGUCACUGUCCGUCUCUGGGCCUCCAGAGCCAGCCUGCAGUGCUCUGUGCCAGGAGUUAUGGAGCUCAGCUGCUCAGCCCUGGCCUCAGGGGACCCGCAGGCCAGCCCGGGGGGUGUGUCCUGGAGUGAGAGAAUGUCCUCACCCUCCAGGGAAGGGCCUGGCCGCCAGCCUUGGGGCUUUUCCAGGAGAGACCCCUGCUGUGGUCUGGGGAGGAGGCUGCCUCCCAGCGGCCUGUCCUGAGCUUCCACAGCUUGGUCACCCAGCUGGAACAUAACUGCCCCCCGGCUGCGCAGCCCUUGGGGAGUGUGACUCCCUUCGCGGGGGGCCAUCAGGCUAAUGUUUAACCGGCUCCCUCCCCACAGGGCACGUGAGACACCGUGGCUUAGCGCCACCCGUGGAGGGAGGGACCUUGUGUGGAUGGGGAGCCGAGGCUGGCCUCCAGAGGGCCAGGCCGGGACACGCAGAGACGAGACGGUGGCAGGUGGCAAUCUGCCCUGGUUUCUACCAAGGAGCACCAGGCCCAGCCAGCUGCUCUGUGUCAGUUUGCCACAGACCCCUCCCCCAAGGAGCCCCCAGGUCCAACUGUGGCCCACUGCCAUUUGGGUGUCAUUGGCUAUGGAGGAGCUAUAGGAACUCCCCGGUGUGGGUUGGGAGCUCUGCACCCCCAGCCGAGUCCCUUGGGAGAGUGGCUGGCUGGGCUCUGCUGAGGCCAGUCUGACCCCAAAAAGGGCGCCCCGGGGCCAGGCUGACCGGGGCUCCGGCCUCCCGUGUGCCCUGCAGAGGCAGGAGCAGCAGGCUCGCCCCGCAGGCCCACGUUUCCUCCAGUGAAUCUGGGAUAAGCUGCCUGCUCCUUAGGCUUCGUGAGAGCAGAGUGUUGUAGCCGUGAAAACACAGCGUCGGGUUGUGCACGAUUGAGAUAAGGACCGGGAGUCCGGACGCUGACAGACUGCCCGGCCGGGUCCUGGCCCCCCGUUUCCUGGCCGUGUGACCGUGGGAGGCGCCGAUCUCUCUGUGCCCUGGUUUACCCAUCUGCGAAGUGGUUUUUCCCUCCCGAGACGGUGACGUGAAGACUAACUGAAUAAAUUAACUGGGCAGAGGGUGCCCGGGGCCCGGUCCGUGUGCUGUCACUCGGUGGAGGCCCAGCUCUCAGCCCUGCUCUCCUGCGUCCAGUCCGGGUCCCGCUGGCCCUCCAUACUGAGAGGGGGCUGGAGGUGACUCUCCAGACACCGUGCCACCCCCCAGGCCCUGUCCACGCUUCAAGAGAAGGCCCAGCCCCGCUCCCAGCUGGCUCUCCCGCCAAGGAGCCCUCCCCUUCCCGUCCGCCCAGGGCCUCACAGGCCUCGCGCUCGGGGGUGUUUGCACCUGCCCCUGCCCUUGCAGCAUCCGUCCCCACAGGAGGUCGGCCAGUCUAGCCCUCCAGGAAGCGGGAGGGACCGGCGACCUCCGGGCCUGGAACAGGCCGUGGCCCUCCCCCGGGCCCUUGCCUCGGGCGUGUGCUACCGGCCCAGCGCUUCCGCCCAUAGGCUGAGUCAGGCCUGGGGCUGGCCUCCCGCCAUUGGGGGGCCGGAUGGGGACCCCAAUCUGCCGGGACAUGGUUAAUAGUCGGCUGGCAGAACGGACUUGGCUUUGUGACCUGGGGCCCGGCUCUCAGAAGGGCAGAGGGGAGGCCGAGCCGAGGGCCAGGGCAGGUGGGUUCUCAUCGUCCGUGGCACGGAGCGUGCAGUCAGGCCCUCCAGCUUGGUGCGACGCGCAUGUGAGGCCAGCAUGUCUGUGCCCGAGGGUUUGGGGUGCCGUGGGGGUUCUGCUCCUGGCACAGGCCUGCCUGCCUUUCUGCCCGGGGAGCUGUCCGUAGCAGGAGCCUCGAGCGGAGUGCUGCCCCCAACGCCCGCCAUGUCGCUCAUCGCCCGCCGGCUGGCAGCCGAGCAGCCCUGGGUGCCAGAGCCGGCCCCCGCGAGGCGCUCACACUGCACUUUGCACCCAGCUCCUGGCAUUUAUGACGGACAAUACACUGGGAGCAGAGGGCGGGACCAGGACACACAGGCCGGUGGGACGGGGCUGCUCCGCUCUUGGGGUCAUAAGCCAAGGGGCCCAGGUCGGGGACCAGCCACGUCCUCCGCGGGGCAGAGUCCCGAGGACGCUGCCCCGAGAAGCCAGGCUCCACGCUGGCCCCGAGCUCUGCUCUCUGCUCCACCGGAGCCACUCUGCUCGGCGUGGGGGGCGGGGAGGCUGCCCAGUCUCCCCACGCCCCAGCCGGCCGGCGCCCAUCAGCCUGCUUUGUGUCCCAUGUCAGUGGGAUGGAGAAAGGACCCGGGCCCGGAGGACAGACCGCUGCUGCCCCACCCGGGGAACGACCCGUCAGUCCUGGAAUGUGAAGGGAAAUAGCUCUGUCCAGGGUGGAGGCAGGUGAGCCCAGCAGGUGUGGGGCGAGGUGGAAAGGCGCGAUCUGGUGGCCAGAAGCAGAACUGCAGGGUGUCCCUCUGGCGGACCAGGACACUGACCCGCCCCUGCCUGUGUAGGCAGGACAGGGUGGGGGCUGGAAGUGCCCUCAGCUCUCAGCCAGAACAUUCAGGAGCAUCCAGCGGCUCCAGGGGCAGGGGCCCCAGAGGAAGGGGACUAGCAAGGGGCUCGGAAAGGAGGGGGCCAUCCGAUGGCUGGAGCCGUGGGGGCUGGGGUGAGCUGUGCAUCGGGUGCUGAGGGUGUGCUGUGGAGGUCACCAGUCACCGAGGCGGGACAGAGGGCUCCCAGGGGCACCCAGUUCCUGAGCUGUCGUGACACGGAACUCCCACGUGGAGCCAGCACAGCUCUGUCUUCACAGACACCCGCCUCCCCUCUCCCACGCCCUCGCCGCCAGAGCCACAGAAAUGGCCAGACGCUGGGGCUUUAAUGAAGGCCGCUCUGCACGUCACAGCAGUCGAGGGAGGCAGCGGGGGCGGUGUGUCCGUGAACCCCAGCUCCGGGGGGAGGCACUCAGGCUGCAGGCAGAGGUGGGGCAGGGUGGGGCCGGGGUGCAGAGAGGUGCAGGGGAAGGAGCACGCAGGGGCCCAGAACCAGCGCGGCAAGUGGCCUGUGGGGACAGAGAGGCGGCAGCCGUCAGUCCCGCUGACCAUGUGCCCUUGGCGGGUCCCUGACUUCCCCGGGCACAGGCAGCCCCUGGACUUCUCAGCCCACAGGGGCUCCCAGGAAGCCUGGGCCCCAG